AUGGGAGAUAAAGAAGAUUACCUUACAUCGUAUCGAGUGUUUUUCGAAAAUUUCGCGGCAACUGUGAACCCUGAGGAUCAAUUGCCUGUGUAUGCCCCAGACUACUCCAUCACAGAGGCAGAAUUGCCUGGUGAUGUUAUUUAUUGGAGCAUCGAGUAUCUGCGAGAAAAAUCGUGUCCGGGUACGCUAAUGACACCGCUUUUGCGGAUAAUACUUGACGAGGUUCGCGUCGCAGCGAAGAAACAUCCAAACGAGUUUGGCUUUGACUCGGACAGUUCAGCGUACAGAGGGAUAUGGCUAAUGCAAGCUGUGAUAGCGCGGGUGAACGAUGUUUGCCUCCGAUAUCUGGACAACUCCAAAUUGGACACCCUGCCUCCCCCACCACCCCUCGAACAGAAGGAGUUCCGGACGGUCUCCGCAGCGCUACGGAACUCGAGACGCGCCAUGGAAGACCGACACGUCGAAAUCGGGAACUUGGAAGCGUUGUUUGAUAUUGACACAACGGAGCACACAAGCUUCUACGCAGUAUACGAUGGACACGCUGGCUCGUCCGCUGCGCAGUACUGCGCUGCCCACUUGCAUCAGUAUCUAGUGGAGAGCCCGAACUUCAAGACAAACAUACGAAAUGCACUGCAAGACGCCUUUUUGAAAACGGACGCGGAAUUUAUUAGGAAAAGUAAAAACGAACAUCGAGUUGUCGGUGGCAGCACUGCGGUCGUGGUCUGUGUUCGAGGAAAGCGGUUGAUGGUCGCCUGGGCCGGGGAUUCCCUCGCGCUGGUAGCACAGCGCAUGCGCGUCAUGCAACUGGUGCAUCCGCACAAUCCAAGCAGAGAGGACGAACGAGAACGAAUAGAGGCUUUGGGUGGCAUAGUGACAUACUGGGGUACGUGGCGUGUUAACGGUCAGCUUGCUGUGUCCCGGGCUAUCGGUGACGCACAGUACAAGCCGUACGUCAUAGCACGGCCGGAGGUCGUCGCUUUGGAUCUGGAUGGAGAUGAGGACUUUCUGGUGGUGGCUUGCGAUGGGCUGUGGGACGUCGUCAGCGAGGACGAGGUGGCGCUGGCUGUAUAUAGGCAGAUCGCUGAUGAUCCAAGUCUUAUGAUAUUGAUUAGCAAACCUAUAGGAUGGUGGUGGUCUGCUAGCUCUGACUUGAAAUGGUCAUGA